AUGAAUGACUUCCCAUGCCUAUUGGUCCGGGGCAUCUGUGGCUACGCUGGUUCGCACAAGAACAAGGUGUGGCAGCCGUACGCGAAGGAGGUCCUGUCCCUCAUUCCAACAGAGGUGAGAGCAACGGAGGCAGCAGGAGGGUUAAGCAACUACCACAUCCCGUUCAGUCUCAAAGGCGUGCCUGUGGGGAAGUUUGCGAACCGGCCACAGGACACAGAAGCGCUGCGGGGAACCCUUAUACCGAAGAAGCAGGAUAAAAGACGGCGGAUACUAGUCGUCCAGGGAUUUGGAGGUGCGGGCAAGACGCAGCUGGCGGCUGGCUUCUCUCGGCGCCACCAGCAUAGCUUCUCUUCGGUGUUAUGGCUCGAUGGGAGUAGCGAGAGCAGUCUCAAGCGGAGUAUCACCGCUUUUGCGAGCCGAAUCCCUGCGGGGCAAGUCGAAGAUAGCAGUAGGAUGUAUGCUUCGGGACAGGGCGGCGACGCGGACGCGGUCGUGAAGGAGGUGCUGCGCUGGCUAAGCAUACCGGACAACAGCGACUGGCUGGUGGUGGUGGACAACGUAGAUCGAGACUACAGGGGAUGCGAGGAGGAUACUGAGGCGUAUGAUCUUGAAGAGCCUUGGGAAGUGAAGAAAGUGGACCAGGAAAGAGCACGAGCUAUCUUCAAGACAUGGUAUGGGAAAGAAGUUGUUGCUGGGACUGCUAGAUGGCCGCCACUGGCCCUCACGCAGGCUGCUGCGUACAUGAGCGAAACCAGCAUGAGCUUUGGCACAUAG